AUGACACGGGUUGCUGUUGCCGAGAAGCAACCAAUGAUGCAGCGGCUGGACAAAGUAAAAGGGUGGCUCUCAGAUGUUCAAACCAUGAAAACUGAAUUAAAUGAAGUGAUAGAAAAUGGCUCCAAGGAGCUUGAGAAAAAUUUUUGCUGUGGAUGUCCCAAGAAUUGCUGCUCAAGGUACGAGUUGGGAAAGAAAGUAGCCGAAAAACUAAAAGAUGCUGCUAAUUUAAAGAGCAAUGGAGUUUUUGAAGCAGUAGCUCAAAGGAUACCUUCACAUCCAGCUACAGUAAGACCCUGUGAAGGAAUAAUAGUGGGCAUGAAAAAUAAUUUCAGUGAGAUUUGGGGGAACCUCAAAAAAGAAGAUGUGGGAAUCAUUGGCUUAUAUGGGUUAGGAGGAGUUGGGAAGACCACUUUGCUAACUGAAGUCAACAACAAGUUUGUCAAUACAACUCAGGAUUUUGAUGUUGUGAUUUGGGUAACGGUGUCCAGUAAUCUAGAUUUGAAUCAGAUAUGGAAGAAUAAAAGACCAGAAGGAAAGAAAGAAGAUAUAUGUGGAGUGUUGAGCAAAAAGAAGUUUGUUUUGUUGUUGGAUGAUAUGUGGGAGCGCCUUGAUCUCUUAGAGGUUGGGAUUCCACUUCAAAACAAGCAAAACUCCAAGAUAGUAUUCACAACCCGUUCUAAAAUGGUGUGCAGCCAAAUGGACGCUCAGAAAACAAUUGAAGUGGAGUGUUUGCCGUGGGAGGAGGCUUGGGAUUUGUUCCAGAAGAAGGUUGGUGAAAUGACCCUUAAAUCCCAUCCAGACAUACCUGAGUUAGCUCAACUUGUUGCCAAAGAAUGUGACGGUUUGCCACUUGCACUUAUUACUAUAGGUAGAGCCAUGGCUUACAAGCAAACACUCAAAGCGUGGAAGCAUGCGAUUAAAGUGUUGAAGAAAUAUGUUGUGCAAUUUUCAGACUCGAAUAUUCCUACAACGAACUUGAUAAAAAAAUGGAUUGGUGAGGGAUUUUUAAAUGAAUGGAAUGACAAUGAAGAUGGAGCUGAAAACCAAGGGUAUGACAUUAUUGACACUCUUCUUCAAGCAUGUUUUCUGGAAAAGACUGACAAGUUUUUGGUGCGAACAAGUGGGAGGGAGACUGAAACACCAAAAGUUUCAAAAUGGAAAGAGGUAAAGAGGAUUUCAUUGAUGGUAAAUAAAAUUGAGAGACUAAUAGGAACACCAACAUGCCCUCAGCUCACAACUUUGCUUCUGAAUAAUAAUUGGUUGCGGAUGAUCAGUAGUGGCUUCUUCCAAUCUAUGUCUGCUCUCAAAGUUCUAGACCUAUCAAGUAAUAAUACUUUAUGUGAUUUACCAUUGGAAAUUAGUGAAUUGACUUCAUUGCAGUAUCUUAAUAUAUCUCGCACAAAAAUAAGUCGGUUACCAGUUCAGCUCCAAAACUUGGUAAAUUUGAAAAUUUUGGAUAUGGAAUAUACAAAUUGUGAUGAAACUUCAGUACUCCAGGUGAUAUCAGGUUUAUCAUCCUUACAAGUGUUGAAGAUUGGCAGUGUUACUGACAAUGAAGCUUUGACAGAGAAAUUGGAUGCUUUGAAUUUUUUAUAUUAUUUGAAUUGGGUGAUUGAUUGGAGUGUAGAAGGAAAGGGCAUAGAAACUAGUAAUAAUCCCCUUGACUCUCAUAUCAGAAACCGACCAUGCUUCCAUAGCCUUCGUAGAGUACAUAUACAAUAUUUCAAAAGGUUGAAAAACGUAAAAUGGCUUCUCUUUGUUCCAAACCUCGAGUAUCUUGAGAUAUCGUUUUGUUAUGAGAUGGAAGAAGUAAUUAGUAGAGAUGAAUGGAUGGAAGCUGCAGAGAAAGGGAAAAUUUCAAAACCAUUUGCAAAACUGGAAACUUUAGAAUUUCAUUUACUUCCACAACUAAAGAGCUUCUCCCACAGUCCCCUACUCUUUCCCUUGCUUGAAAUUCCUCUACGUAAAAGGGUGUCCAGAGUUGAAGAAGCUUCCACUCAACUUUGA